GUUACUUUGAGUAAGGGCGUGACGUCAGCCUCCCAUGGCGUCACCAUUGACGUCUCGCAUUCCUGCCCUCUAUGGAGAGAGUGCUAAGGCACCUCUCAUAAAUGACGUGCACAGUGUAGCAAAAGGAGUCCUCGUUCGCCGCCGCUUUCUAUCAUUCUGCACAUAAACAAAGGCACAUUGGGAGCCCAUAGUCGACAGCGGGAGCAACAGCAGCGAAUUCUGCGAGCUGAAACUGUUCUGUGCCAUCAUUUCUCAUGCAUGCAGCAGCGUGCAGAGCCACACUCUUGUGCCAUUCGGACUAAUACCCCAGCUACGGUGGUCGCCCUUGGCUUGCCUUGGACACCUACUACUACUACUACUAUUAUUACGCGGAGCGGAGAAAAGGGUACUUCUCAUGUAAAGACGGAACCUUCACAGCAAGCAAAAUCUGGUUCAGAAGAGCAGCCUGUGGUAAGCCCAGGCUCACAGUGCAGCAGUCCAGCAGUAGCUAUCGUGGCUCCGAAGCCCACCUGUUCUUCUCUGGCAGUUGCAACAGACAAAUCAAGCACCAUUCAGCAAGUAAAAUAUCACCCAGAUAUGCCCUGCGUGCAGGCUCAGUAUGGUUCUUCGCCACCAGGUUCUUGUUAUGCAACACAGUCUUUCGCAGGGGACUACAGCUCUGAUAUAAUGAACCCAGACUAUACAAAGCUGAGUAUGAACCUAGGUAGUGCAGAAAUCACAGCCACUGCCACAACGUCACUACCUAGCUUUAGCACUUUCAUGGAUGGCUAUUCUGGAAGCUAUGAACUCAAGCCCUCCUGUGUGCACCAGAUGCACACCCACCGGUCACAAGUGAAGCUGGAGAAUGUGCCCAGUUACCACUCAUCACAACACCAUCAGACUGACAAUGUUAUACCAAACCCUGCAAUGUACUUCAAGCAGUCUCCACCCUCCACUCCAACAACACCUGUAUUUCCUAGUCAGCCAUACAUGUGGGAUGAGUCUCCACCAUUGCCACCAACUCCAACGUGUAUGAGUACCAGUCACUUGAUGGACGCCGCCCCAGUUAAGACUGUUCCUUCAAGGUUUCAUCUGUUUCCUUUCAAGCAGUCUCCACCUCACACUCCAGUGUCUGGUAGUCAGAUAUGCUAUGAACCCACUCUUAACAUUGGUAUGGGAAGUGAGCGAACCUCAGGACCUUCAUCACUGGACAACCAUCCAUAUACUUUGCAGAUGACAAAAGGGCCAGGCUUGUCUUUCUCCCCACUGACACUUAGCCAGAACUCUAGCUUGUUAGGGGACAGUAAUCUUCCAUCUCCUCCUAGCAGAAGCUCAUCAUCUGGGGAGGGUACAUGCGCAGUAUGUGGAGACAAUGCAGCUUGUCAGCACUAUGGGGUCAGGACAUGUGAGGGCUGCAAAGGCUUCUUUAAGAGAACUGUUCAGAAAAAUGCAAAGUAUGUCUGUUUGGCAAAUAAAAACUGCCCUGUGGACAAGCGCCGACGCAAUCGUUGCCAAUAUUGCAGAUUUCAGAAGUGUUUAAGUGUUGGCAUGGUUAAGGAAGUGGUCCGUACUGAUAGUUUAAAAGGAAGACGAGGUCGAUUGCCUUCCAAACCAAGGAGCCCUUUGCAGCAGGAGCCUUCUCAUGUCUCCCCGCCCUCUCCUCCUGUUAGUCUCAUCAGUGCCCUGGUACGAGCAUUCACAGACUCCAUAUCCAGUGACCUCAAUUAUUCUAGGUUUUGUGGCGCAGAUCAACCUGCUGUCGAACUCACAGAUGCAGAACACGUGCAGCAGUUCUACGGUCUGCUUACCUCCUCACUAGAAGUCACCCGGAACUGGACGAGUAAGCUGCCAGAAUUUAAUGACUUCCCAAAAGAAGAUCAGACUCUUUUAAUAGAAUCUGCUUUUUUGGCACUGUUUAUAUUUCGACUUUCUAGCAGAUCUAUUCUUUCAGAAGAUAAGCUUGUGUUCUGUAAUGGAAUUGUUUUACACAGACUUCAGUGCCUUCGUGGAUUUGGGGAGUGGUUGGACUCCAUUGUCAAUUUCUCAUUAAACCUGCAGAGCCUUAACCUUGACAUCACAACUUUAGCUUGCUUAUCUACUCUAAUUUUGAUCACGGAGCGACAUAAUUUAAAAGAACCAAAGAAAGCUGAAGAGCUGCGUAACAAAAUCCACAGCUCCUUAAAAGAUCACCUUGCUUUCAUCAGUCCCAGUGCAGGAAAUGGACAGCAGCAGCAGCAGGUGACCAAAGUACUGGGCAUUCUGGCAGAGUUGCGUGCUCUGUACCAACAAGGACUACGGCGCAUCUUCUACCUGAAAUUGGAAGACUUGGUACCACCUCCACCUGUCAUUGAGAAACUAUUUCUGGAUACCCUUCCGUACUAAUGCAGACAUUACUCGACUUGUGGCAAUUACACACAGAGGGCAAACAAGCACUCUGCAAAUUACAUUGAAUGCCCGCUUUUAGGAGAAGAAAGCAGCUAAGACCACAUCUUGAGGACUCCUUUCCUGGCACUUUCUUUGCAGGAUCUUCAGUCCAAAACUCUUCUCUUGCUACUUUUUGUUUUUGUGUUGUUGUUCUUUUCCUUUUUUUCAGUGCUAAUGUGACACUUUUAAACGAAGCUGUCCAGGCAGAAAAAGUCAUUUCUGAUGGUCUUCACUUGUAGUAUGACAUCCCAGAAUGCACUGGGUUGAAAUGCUUAGAAGCUGUGUUUGUUUUCUUCUAGAAAAUGUUUGAAGGAUAGUAUGCUUUCUGUGCUCGAUUUUCAAUGCCUUGGGCAUAUGUCCUGUUUUUUAAGAGUGCAUUCAAAGAUUUCUAAAACUUUAAUGAAAAAGUUACAUAUUUUUCAUUUUAUAGAAUGCAUUAAAUGAAUUGAGUUUAACCAGUAAGAUUUAUUAACGUGACAGUGGCUGUUAGCUCCAAUGUUCAAGUGCAAUUUUUUUAAGUGCAACCUUAUUAAGCCUUUUUUUCAAACUCUAAUUUAUUUUAAUACUAAGGUAUAAAGACAGAAAAAUAAUUUUUUUUAGAAAAAAAAAUGACUCGCACUAAUUAUAAGGACAAAGUUACCCUGACUUGAAACGCCGAAGUGACUGACAAAAAUGUGAGAGAAAGACACGGGGACACUUUGUAAAUUCAGUGAGCACUUAUUCCUUUUGAUAAGGAAUUAAACAUUAAAGAAGUAAUUGUAUUAUAGAAGUUCUGAGGUGAAGGGACUGUGAAGGCAAAUAUUCAUUGACGUAAACUUUGACAAAGACAAUUUUGCAAGACUUCCAAGUCUUACAAAAUCGUAUAUAAAUGUAGGUGCUUGAAAGAACAUGAUGGGCUGCAUUUAAACAUUCCGUGUUUGUACUCUCUCUCUCUCUUUCUCUCUUUUGUAUGUUUAUACUGUUAAUGCCAUUUAUUAAUAUGAGAUAAUUUGUUGCAUAGUGUCUCUAUUUGUAUAAAAAGUUUGUAUGCAUGGUAUAUUGUAAUGGCUUUGCCUGUAUUUAUUGCAAACGACUGCCAGCUCCUGGGAGCCGUGUUACAUGAAGUAACUUAAUGUGGUGUUGAAACUGACACCAGCUAGGAAAGCAGAAACUGUACAUCAUUUUUAGGAAGCCUUUUGAUUACAAUCUUGCAUCUGGUGCAGUGCUUUUAAAGGAAAACAAAUCUUAACUGAUGUGUAGACAUUUUUCCCGUGACAUUGAGGGCAGUACUGUUCAGCACUUUGGAAAUGUACCUUGACUCAUGUUAUUCUAAAUUCAAAGGCUAGGUAGAAUUUUCAGGAAACAAAUGUCAACUUUAUAUCUUAUGCACUGCACUAGUUUAUGCCUUCUUUAAUUGUGUGUAUUGUUAAACAGUAAUAACAAAUGCCAAGCUGUUGUCACCAGUUUUUUUUUAUUUUAUUUUACAUGGAGGAACCUUGCUCAGUCAUUGUUUUCUAAAAGACAUAUGCUGUUUUCAUGGAGAUUAAGCUGUGUAUAGAAAUAAACGUCGAGCACAUGGUUUAACUGCUACAAAUGGCAUUUGUGAUAUCAUCUAUAUUGCAUAGCCUGCCAAGGUACAACAUAAUUUUUCUUAUGUUUAGGUAUUCUUUCUGCAGUCUUAGUUUUGUUAUUUCAUUGGUCUACACAGAAAAGAUAAAUAAGGACUUGGAAUGAAGAAUGCUAAUAGUGACAUUUCACCUGCAGACUGCUGCUGUCAAAAAGCCACUUUUUUUUUUGUAAAAGCUGAUAUUUAACUCUACCUACAAACAUAAUAAUAAUAAAUAGAGACUAACAGCAGCUAACAACCAUAGUUUCUGUCCUAAUUUGGUACCUUCAAAUCAGUAACAUUUUUUUAAUUGAUUAAACAGAUAUCAUAGUCUGAUUUCUUUCAGGUUUUAUUAAGAGAUCAGUGUAACAGAAAUGUUAUCUUAGCUAUCAAAGUAAUUAUUGCAAAACUGGUAUAGCAUGCAGUUAAAGAGUUUGCUUUUCAAGAGUAAAAGUGCUUUGUUUUUGUUUCAAAGGUUAGGCAUUUUAGGCCACUGUUUGUAGAAAGCAUUCCUCCAGCUAGCUUCAGGGUCAAACAUUCUACGUCUGGUAAGCCAUAGUGAAUUCUGUCAUCGUACAUUAGUAUUCAAAAGAUCACUUUUUAAAAGUUAUCUUUCACACAGCAAUCAAAGUGCUUUCUAUUUUGGAGGACACAUUUUAUUUCUUGUUUCAAUGAGAUAUUGCAACUUUGCUUCAAAUGUGUUCAUGUUAUUGCAGUAAAAUAAAAAUAGUUGUUAACAUUUUGGGUACAGAAGCAGUCUGAGAUGGUUUGUAAAAACAAACUUAUUUUAUGUAGUGUAAAGUACUUCGGAAAGUGAUGCUUUUCAGAGCUUAAUUUUAACAUGACCUCCAAAAUUUACAGAGCUGCAAGUUCUUUACAUAAAAUCAGGUGCAAGUCUGAUUUAACCGGUACACAAAUAAAAAUCAUUAAUUGUGUAUAAAAAUCUAGUUUUAUACUACUGAAAUAUUCCACAGGUUCCAUCUUUGACAGUAUAUACCAUAUUCUGUUUCAUUUUAUAGAGGUAAUGUAAGCAAACUGAUAAAACAUGCAGUUAUGUACAACUGAUGUGUUAAUUUUGCAUAAUUAUCGCAAGUACACAAAAGUUAUAGAGGCAUCACUGUAGUAUUAUAGAAAUAAUGUUGCUACUCAGUCCUGAAAUAAAUGUUUGUAACUACAUUUUUCAAAACUUUGGACUUCUGCAUGUUUUGACUAUCCAGAAACCAAAGUAUGUCAGGUUUUAGUAAUGACAUUAUAAUGUUUAUAAAAUGGAUGUGGAAAACCAGAGAGACAUGCCUGCCUCAUUUGCAUCGUAUGGUUACACAGUGAUACCGAAGUCAUUUGUCAAUUAUGUGACAUAAAUGUAUUCUCCUUUUUAAGUAAUAUGCAUAUCAAAGUCAAGUUGAACAGCUAUGUAUUGCACUAGCAGGUGGCUAGUUUGUACAACUAGUACAAUACGAUAAUACAACUUAAUGCACAAACUGAUGUAUGCUCUUUCUUGGUUACCGUGUGAUGGUAUUAUAUGAUACUUUGGUGCUAACUGGAUAGUGGACACUCCAAUAUGCAUUAGAAGUCAUUAUAGUUGCCUAACAGCACUGAAAGGGUUAAUUACUCAGCUGCACCAGAGCCUGUAUUUUUAUAGUGUAUGGACCAAAGAAUUUCCAAAGGAAAGCUAAUUGUGUGUGCUUCUUAAAACUCUUCUCAUAGCAGAUUCUUUUGACACUGUCCUGGAAAAAUACUACUGUUAGUUCCCACAUGCUAGUCUUAGGUUUGACCUUUGAACAGACGUCUUCUGGUUUGAGUAGUUGUGCUGCCUUGUCUACAGAGUUGAAAGAUUUUAACUACUUUUCAUGACAGAGGCAAUGUAGCACGAACAUGCUAUUAAAGUGGUCAACUACCAAUGGUGCAAGUGCUGUCCCUGUACUGUGUGGGACUUUUUUUGGCAUCAGCCGAUAAGAAGCUUCAUGUUCAGAUGAAGCUCAUGAUGCAGGUUAUGCCAGUGUUAGUGUAUCACGACACUUCUAGCUGCCACAGACGCAGCAGUACACCAGACACUGCUGUAUAUUAUACAUUAAUGGCACUGAUGCCAUGUGCUACCACUGGGUGAUGCACAUCAAAAAGGUUCUUGGGUUUGUAUGCUUUCCCACUGCCUUUUUUACUGCCCUGUAAAUCUUAGUGCGAUAUGGGGAUGAAGGAUAUAAACAGGACCAUGUCACCACCCCAAAACAUCAGUCUGUCUAUAUGUACAUGGUAUGUACAGCUGAAUUCAGGAAUAUCUGAACUGUUAAAAGGAGAGUGCCUUGUUUAUUUUAUUUCAUGACAAGAGUGUUUCUGCUUCUUCAGUAUCAGACAGUGUUUUGUGUGUUAAUUUGUGUAUUUUAAAAAUGCUCUCUUGUACGUAUACCAACAAUGUAAAUUAAAAUUAUUAAAUUGAAUAACAUUUUAUCUGAA